AUGUGGCGGCAGGAGAUCGAGGAAACGCAAGACAAAACUCCUCAGGGUCGCGCUCAUGAUGCUCAAGAUUUUUUGCUUCAUCACCUGCAUGAAUCUACGAACAACUCGCAGGCGAAUAGUGUUCAAUGGCAUGAAGAGACGGACAGAGAGCCAUUGCGUAGUGCGAUCCGUAGCAAGCAUCUCACUGCUGAUGCUGCUUCAGCUGCUCCUUGGUCAAAUACGACAAUGAGCAGAAGCGAAAUAGAUCGAAACUGGAGCGCACGGAUCCGUGCAUCCAUUGCACGCUUAAUAGAGAUUGAUGGAGUAUCUUUAGACUCAGAAAGCUAUGCAAAGUUAACAGAGGGGCAUGUAACAAGAGAAUCAGAUCAAGCCUUCCAAGCUAGAGUCGAUCGAUUGCAGGCCGCAAGUAGAGAAGCUCACAAAGAGUACUUAGGACGAUUGCACAAUGUACGCUCGACCUCGACAACGAAAAAAAUGAGGCUUACGGCAAAAUCGUCAGCUCCUUCUUCAGCUGCGGAAUCUUUAUCGUUUGCACGUCCUCCAGCGUCGUCUCGAACUAGAUACCCAGCAUUAGAUACGCUAGCUGUGGCCGCUACCGAAAAAAUGGAAGAGCAUGAGCGCCCAAGCAACCCUCCAACACUUGAAUUGAAUAAAGACAAGCGAAGCAAUCGUCAACAAAACGCGCUGCCUUUGACAAGUAGCUCAGGAUGUAUGAAAAUCCCAGUGCAAGUUCACGACCCACAAUUGGUCCGUGCUAUUGACAAACUCACUGACAAGUUAGCGCAGCUCCUUCACCAGCUACAAGCAACAUCAGAUGCAGAUGCAGCUGAACCUAUACUCGCGGCCGCCGCAGCAAUUGCAUUGGAAGCCACAGAGAUCCGUCGGUGUGAAGAAGUGGCUCUAGCGCGAAUGGUGGAGAUCGAGGAGCAUCGCCAGCAGAUUAUGCAAGGAUUACUAGAGUAUGCAAAACGUAAGGAGCAGCGAGGCUCGGUCAACAGCCACAAAAGUGGCUUAAAGCCGAGCAGCUCCGCUAAUACUCAUGACAGUCAACGAAACAGCGGCACCAAGGCAGAUGAUAAAUGA